UUCACCUUUCGUCACGAACAACUAUCUUUGCACUUCACCUCCAUUCAACCAAACAUCUUUCACAUACAAAAAUGUUCGCUCCCGGUCAAGAACCCCAGCUCUCCAAGGAGGAGAUCAAGGCUGGUGAGAUUGAGGCCUGCCAGACCAUCAAGAUGACCGCUCUCGGUGGUUUCCUCCUCUACCUGUCCCCCUUCGCUGUCGACUUCGUCCGCAAGUUCCUCUAAACGAACCGCCCGUCCACCCUCAUCUCUAGCGUCAUGGGCGCAUGACGAAUGAACCGCCGGUUAUGACCACUCGGGGUAAUUUGGGAGAUUUAGGGAACUGUUUUUCACAUCCAGAUCAGAUUCCUAUCUUGAACUGGAAGGGUGGGUGCAU